CGAAACACAGAGCAUGAGACUGAAGUAUCACGUACCUGCUGGCCAGCGCAAUAUGGUCCACCGUGACGUUGGAUAUCAAGCGAUGAGACUAGUGUCCGACAUCUACAAUGAAAGCAUUGAAACAUCACUAGGAGGAAUCGCGAAGCAUCUAACGCAACCGCAAGAAUCGCGAGGACUGCCCAACCUUCCCCGUGCCCAGCAGCAGCAGCAGCAGCAGCAGCACUUUGUCACCUUAAGCAGCCUGAAGCGUUGGGGCGAACAGUCCGAAGACGACCGUGGCCAGCCCCGUCCGCGUCCGACCGAUUACAGCCAAUUUGCGGCGAACUUUGAAACUGGCCCGAAACACCCCGUCACUCCGUUUCCGUGCGAUGCGCAGAUCAACAAUCGUUUCGUAAUCUGGGAGGGUGAUAUCUCGCAGCUCAAAGUCGAUGCCAUCACGAACAGUACCGAUGAAACGCUGACGGAAAAGAACCGCGUGUCGAAGAAAAUUUUCGGACGUGCCGGUGCCGCACUAACGUCUGCCAUCGUUCACGACGUGAGAAGAUGUAAAACGGGUGAAGUUCGUGUUACACCAGGAUUUUUCUUACCGUCGAAGUACAUUAUUCACACCGUCGGUCCCAUUUACAGCGAGAAGUACAGGACCGCCUCGGAAGCAACGCUGCAUGCUUGUUAUCGUAACGUGUUGUACAAAGCAAGGGAACUAGGAUUAAGAACCGUAGCCCUAUGUGAUAUUAGCUCGGUGCAGCGCAACUUCCCACCAGACACUGCGGCUCACAUAGCAUUGAGGACUAUUCGUCGUUUUCUGGAGCAAUACCGUGCCGAGAUUGUGAUAGUUUGCCUUGAAUCUAAUGCACGCAGUAUCUACGAGGUACUAGCACCGUUGUACUUUCCGCGCGAUCCACACGAGGAACGAAGUGCUUUGUGGCAGCUGCCGAAGGACAUCGGAGGGCUGUAUGGUGAACCGCAGCUAGCUGAUCGUCAGAUUCGCAUCAUUCACAACCCACAGCAUUCCGUCAUGAUAGAAGCUGAUGACGAUUCCGACACGAGCCCACACGAUCUGGAAAUGGGGUCCGACGUAGAGUAUAGCAAUAUUAACCUUAGCCUGGCAGCUCAACUCUCUGGUGCAGCUCAUUCCUUCACACAGAUGCAGGGAGACCUAGAUCGGCAACGUCUUCUAGGCGAUCGGCCCCGUAUGGUCUACGAAAGUGUGCUUGACGAUGGCUUGGAAGGAAUCGAGCAUCAGGAAAGUUCACCUUUGUUGGUGGAUUGCGAAUACGAACGGCUGCUAAGACGAGCUAAAACGGAAGACCUGUCGGAAGUUUCGGGCAUCGGUUGUCUUUAUCAGAGCGGUGUAGACAGGCUCGGCCGACCCGUGGUAGUGUUCUGCGGCAAAUGGUUCCCCGCUCACAAUAUCGACCUUGAGAAGGCCCUGCUCUAUCUGAUAUAUUUGCUCGAUCCGAUCGUAAAGGGUGACUACGUGAUCGCUUAUUUCCACACGUUGACGAGCUCGAACAACUACCCAUCUCUGCAGUGGUUGAAGGACGUCUACAGCAUACUGCCCUACAAGUACAAGAAGAAUUUGAAAGCCUUUUACAUUGUGCAUCCCACAUUCUGGACAAAGAUGAUGACCUGGUGGUUUACCACGUUCAUGGCACCGGCAAUCAAGACGAAGGUGCAUUCGCUCCCGGGCGUGGAGCAUCUGUACUCGGCCAUCGCAAAGGAUCAGCUCGAAAUUCCUGCAUACAUUACCGAGUACGAUAUGGCGACCAAUGGCAUACACUACUUCCAACCGAUCACAAACACAUCGUCGCCAGCGUCCUAAGCACCCUCCUCCAUACCC